ACGUGUCUUCUGUCUUGCUUUCCUCAAAGGGUCCAUCUUGCUGGGAAGACGUCUUAAUUCCUAACCGGAUGAGUGGUGAAUGCCAGUCUCUGAACUGCCCUGGUACUGGAGCGGAAUUUUUCUUCAAAUGUGGAACACACCCAACCUGUGACAGAGAAACAUCAGUCGCUUUGAACCUGAUCACCCCCAACAGCCGCGACAUCAGCUGCAUUACCUGUACGGACAUCAGGAGCCCUGUGCUAGUUUUCCAAUGCAACUCCCGCCACGUGAUUUGCUUAGACUGUUUCCACUUGUAUUGUGUGACAAGACUCAAUGACCGGCAGUUCAUCCAUGACCCAGAGCUUGGCUACUCCCUACCUUGUGUGGCUGGCUGUCCCAACUCCCUGAUUAAAGAGCUGCAUCAUUUCCGGAUUCUUGGAGAAGAGCAGUACAACCGGUACCAGCAGUAUGGGGCUGAAGAGUGUGUGCUGCAGAUGGGGGGCGUGUUGUGCCCUAGCCCUGGCUGCGGAGCAGGACUGCUGCCCGAGACAGGAGUGAGGAAAAUCACCUGCCACGGAGGCAACAACCUGGGCUGUGGGCUUGUCUUUUGUCGGGACUGUAAAGAGGCCUACCAUGAAGGGGCGUGCACUGCGCAGUCGGAAGCCUCAGGGACAGUUACUCAGGGUUACAGAGUUGAUGAAAAGGCAGCUGAAAAGGCUCGAUGGGAAGAGGCCUCCAAAAAAACAAUCAAGAAAACCACCAAACCGUGUCCACGCUGUCAUGUACCUGUUGAAAAAAAUGGCGGAUGCAUGCACAUGAAGUGUCCCCAGCCCCAGUGCAAGUUCGAGUGGUGUUGGAACUGCAGCUUGGAAUGGAACCGCACGUGCAUGGGUGACCACUGGUUUGACGUCUAG